UGUGAAAGAGAUACGACAUGGAGAUUCUGUGAUAUUAGAGCAUUUUAAACUUUGGAAAGAUCAGUUUGAAUACUUAUUAGUCACUUGAAAAAGUAUAUCAUGGGUAAAAAAGAUAAGAAAAAGGGCAAAGGAGCUGAAAAAACUGCAUCUAAAACUGAGAAAAAAGCCCUUAAUAAAUUAAAAAAAGAUUUGGCAGCUAAAGGAGAGGAUGACAUAGAGAAACUAAUUGCGGAAUUCCAAGCACGAGAUAAAAAGCUGAGUGUCACUGCUGAAGAAUUAUGCUCCCAACCAUCACCUAGGAGUGGUUUUACUCUGUGUGCACAUCCUGAUAAAGAUGAGUUGCUUUUAUUUGGUGGUGAAUAUUUCAAUGGGAGUAAGACUAUGAUGUAUAAUGACUUAUAUUUUUACAAUAUCAAGAAAGGACAAUGGAGCAUAUUACAGUGCCCAGAAAAGCCUCCUCCUAGAUGUGGUCACCAGGCAGUUGUGGUAUCUCAGAGAGGAGGCCAGAUGUGGAUUUUUGGUGGAGAAUUUGCAAGUCCAACUCGCUCAAAUUUUUAUCAUUAUAAGGAUUUGUGGGUCUUCCAUCUUACAGAAAAAAGGUGGGAACAGAUUAAAGUACCUGGGGCACCUUCAUCUCGAAGUGGUCAUCGAAUGGUUGUCAGUCGGAAACAGAUAGUCCUGUUUGGUGGAUUUCAUGAAAGCAUUCGGGAUUAUAAAUAUUUUAAUGAUGUCUACAUUUUUGAUCUUGAAUCUUAUGCAUGGAGUAAAAUUGAACCUGGUGGUAAAGGUCCAAGUCCACGGUCUGGAUGUCAGAUGGCACCUCUUACGGAUGGACGAAUACUACUAUAUGGUGGAUACAGUAGGGAAAAAGUAAAAAAAGAUGUUGAUAAGGGAACUGCUUAUACUGAUAUGUACUAUUUGCAAGUUGAUGAAAGGAUUAAACCUAGCAAAUGGAAAUGGGUUCAGGUGAAACCAAGUGGCAUUCCACCAUCUGCAAGGAGUGGAUUUUCUCUUGCAGUAGCCUCGAAUAAUCACGCAUAUGCUUUUGGUGGUGUUCAUGAUGAAGAUGUAGAUGAAGAAAGCAUGGAAAGUGUUUUUCAUAAUGACUUGUUUUUAUUAGAAUUAGAAAAAGGACGUUGGAUGCCUGUUAAGCUGCAUGGAAAAGAUGCUAGAAUUAUUAAGAAAAAGAGGAGGAAAGAAAAAGGAAAUGAUGAUGAUGCUGAUGAUGAGGAAGAAGUUAUUGAUGAAAAUGCAAUUGCCAACACUUUAGAAAAAACAACAAUCGCCGAAGAGUCUUCUGCUGAGUGUGAGGUAAAAACUACUGAAGACAACAUUUUUACAGUAAAAAUAGGACCACAGAAUCCUCUUGCAGUGUCAUCUGAAGGUGUAAGUUCAUCCAGCAAUCAGAUUUUUCCAAUUGAAAUCUUUGUUCCUAAAGCUCGAAUGAAUGCAAGUGUUGUAAUCAAGCACGGUAUAUUGUAUUUGUAUGGAGGACUGUAUGAAGAAGGAGAUCGCCAGUUAACAUUAUCUGAUUUUUAUUCUUUGGACAUCCAUAAAUUAGAUGAAUGGAGAACUAUUGUUCCAUUUUCAACAGAAUUGCUGGAAUGGGUAGAGUCUGAAGAAUCAGAAAGUAGUGACAGUAACUCUGAUAUUGCAGAUGACGAUGAGGAGGAUGCUGAUGAUGAAGAAAUGGACACUUCAUGAAUCAGUGGCCUUCAUGCAAGAAAGAGUAAAAUGCAUUAUCAUUUCAUAUGGCUGAUUAUAAAUCUAUGUACAAAUGAAUAAAUUUUAAUUUAUUUUUAAAUGUU